AUGAGCUUGCAAAUAUCCGUACCAGUCGCUCCACUCCCACAAGCAGAAAUUGAUGCAUACACUGAUCGCAUUGGAGGAAGCCCAGUCUGGCUACGACACCACCCACCACCAAACCACAUACCAACGUGCUCAUCAUGCACAUCCCCUCUCUUCCUCAUCGCUCAAAUCCAAGCUCCAAACCCAGACCGGAAGACCAUGGGCAGAAUCUUGUAUGUCUUUGGAUGUAAUUCACGAGUGUGUAUGAAGAGGCCUGGGAGUUGGAGAGUGUUGAGAGGACACGAGUAUGUCGAGCCUCGAGAGAGGGUUGAAGUCAAGCCUGCUGUUGAGGUGGAUGAGAAGCCUAAAGUUGUGGCUACUGCUUCAACUUGGGCGAAUACAUUGUUUCCUGCUGUCGAUGACUGGGCCGAUGAUGAACCAGCUGCAAGCAGCAGUGUGAAUUCUCUUACGAGUGCGCUGGAAAUCAAGGAUCUGCUUAAAGCUAAAGAGGAUACUGUCGUGUUGGAAGUGGGGACUGUGAGGAGUAGUUGUAGUGUGAAGCAGGAUGCAGAGAGUAACGCAUUGCCGAGUGCGGGUAUGGUGGCUGCUACUGCGGAGAUUUGCGUAGAGCCGGUGAUAAAUAUUCCAUCUUCAGCCUGGACCCAACUCCCUUCCUUCCCACCCCACUCAAUCGAAUUCUACACCCCAGUACCAACCAAACCCGACGACUUCUCGCACGAGCAGUCCCUACUAUCCGAAUACCAAAAAACAGCCAAGGAUUUCGAAGCACCGUCAUCAGACAACGGUACAUCCGCAUGGGCACCAGAAUCAUACGAAAAGAAUUACGCAAAAGGAGUUGACAAACUCCUCCACAAAUUCCUCAAAACAGUCACUGCAGAGGACGCCAGUCAGUGUAUCCGAUACCAGUUUAACGGAACCCCGUUACUGUUUUGUGGAGAUGACGUCGCUGCUCAGGUAUAUAGUAAGAGCAUACCGCCGGCAUGUGAGAACUGUGGCGCUGCAAGGGUAUACGAGUGCCAGCUCAUGCCUGGGAUAUUGUCUGUGCUGCCGACGGAGAAGUUUGCCGGUGGGAGUCACAAGGGGAAGAGUCCUGAGAAGGUACAGGAUUUCAAUACGUGGUUGGAGGCUAAUGCACAGGGGAUGGAUUUCGGGACUGUGCUUGUGUAUACGUGUGGUGCGGAUUGUGUGAGUGGGGAUUUGGAGGCAGAUGUGGCAUAUAUGGAGGAGCAUGCUGUCGCGCAGGUUGAGAGCAUUGGAUGA